AUGACUUGGUCAGUUACUCAAGUAACUCGUGGACUGCAGCUCGCCUGGCUAGGUUCUGUCCUUGCCUUUGAAAACCGCCACUUGUAUAGGCAUACUUAUAUGAAAGUAUUCCUCUGGCUAUGUCUUUUCUCUGUAAUACUCUACGUUCUUUCUGUGACAGUCCUAUUACUUCCUUUAAAAAUACUUCGUUUCAUUCUGGGCAUAUUCAUCCGCAUAAUUGGUUUCUCAAAUACCGGAUUGGGUGAUAACGAUUUUUCAUCAUGGGUAGCAAACUGGGUGUUCAAUCUACCCCUGUUUGGCUUAUUAUUCAUGCGAUAUAUAUAUCCAGAACCGCUUGAUUCCCUUUUUCUUGAAUCGUUACGACAAGUCGAUUACCAAUACCUCAAAAAACAUAAUGAUGAAUCUGAUCUCCGUCCUGCAUAUGCACCUUUGUUAGAAAAAUAUGAUAAUACUAUAAACUAUUGGGAUGAGAUGAAACGUUAUAUUAAGCGUACUCUAAUACAAAUGCGUAAUGCAACCGCGUUAUAUAUGCUUUCAUUCAUCCCUCUUGUCGGGAGAAUGGUGUAUCCGGCGGCAAGUGCUUGGUAUCUGAUAAAUUUACUCGGGCUCUACCCUGCAUGUGCGGUGGGCGUGUUAAUGUAUAUCACACCAGGAACUAAAUAUUUGGCGAUUGUGUUUCUGGAGACGUUGAACGUAACGCGGACAUUGACUCGAGAAGUAUUGGAGCCGUAUUUUAGUAGGAUUAAGUUUGGAAAUGAGGAAAAGAAAGAGUGGUUUAAAGAGAGAGAAGGCAUCCUGUUAGGAUUUUCCAUAGCAUUUUAUCCAUUGAUUAGGUUGCCAUUGCUUGGAAUGUUCUUCUUUGGGAUUGCACAGGCGGCAGCAGCUCUCUUGUUAGUGAAGGUUACUGAUCCUCCACCUCCCCCAGAAGAUUUGUUAGCGUAUAGAAAGAACGUCAAGUACAAAGAUCCGAGAAAGAGUAAAAACAAAGACGCGAAGAAUAUACUCUCCGAGGACGGAACUUGA